CUCGAAAUUGCUUAAGUCCGAAAAUUUACUAGCUUUUAAGGUUAUAAUUUUCAUGGUAGUGAUAAGUUUAAGGUUAUUUUAAGAAUUUGGUUCAAUAACAACAUGAUUACGCUGAGAGUCUUAUCUCGGCACAUUAAUUAUGUUGCAGUGAAUAGGAAUUGUCUAAAUGUGACAAGUUGUAUUCGACAAUUGUCAGGCCUUUCUGUGUUGUCGCAGGAGAGAUUCGGCAAUCAACACUCAACUGCAGCCCUCACUUUUGUUCGCAAAUAUGCAAAAGGCAAAGACAGGAAGAAGGAAAAAGGUAAAGCCAAAGUGCAUGUUAACGAGAGCCAGUUAUCUGAAAUAGUCAAUGUGGAAUCUCUGAAAACUCAAAUGCAAAAAGCUGUUGAUUUAUUGAAGGAAGACUACGUGAAACACCUUUCAGUGAGAACAACUACAGGUUCAGUGGAAAGCAUCCCUGUCGAGUUGGAUGGUAAAACACAUUCACUACAGGAACUCGCCCAAAUCAUCAGGAAAAACCCGAAAACUUUGGUCAUAAAUAUGUCAGUCUUCCCUCAAGCUAUCCCUGCCGCCUUGAAAGCAAUCGAAAAAUCUGGAAUGAAUUUGAAUCCACAACAAGACGGGACAACUCUUUUUAUUCCCAUACCUAAGGUUACAACAGAACAUAGGGAAAAUUUGGCAAAAAGCGCUAAAACCAUGUUUAUUAAAUGUCGCGAUGGGAUCAGAGACGUCCAGAAUAAACAAGUCAAGUCUUUGAAGAAAAAAGACAAAGUUUCGGAGGACAUGGCCAGAAAUUCGGAGCAACAAAUCGUCGCUAUUGCAGAUGCUUACAUUGCAGAGGCUGAGAAAAUACUGGAAAGUAAGCAGAAAGAAUUAGUCGGGAAAAACUAAUUAUUCUUUCAUGGGGUGAUUCUGCUUAAAACUAAUAGUUGCACCCAAUUCAGCGCCCACUGUUUAAUACGUAAUGACUUUCUCUAUGCCUGUGAUUUUUUUCAGAAUUUUUCUACCCAUUUUUCAUUUUUGCAACUACUUAAGAGUAGUUAAUUAAUUUUAAUUAUAAGAAAUUGUAGAAAAAUUCUGAAAAAAUUCAGCCUUAGAGGGAAAUAUAGAGUAUUUAAUAGCAAACGCUGAAUUCAGUGCGAUAAUUAGUUUUUGAGGUUUAGUAAAAAAUACACUUGUAAUAGACUCACCCUGUCUACAUUACAAAAUGCUGUGAAAAUCUAAUAAACGUGUCUUGGAACAGUAACUUCAAUAUGCAAUUGCGAAAUUAAAAAUUUUUAAAGUCCACUGUCGCCUAAGGUGUUUAAUAAAUUUUAAAGUGUCAAAGUAUUUUAAGUUAAAAUAUUUUUUAAACAAUGUUGGUUAUCCGCCUUAAACCGGAUAAUCAAAAGUAAAAAGUUUGAUUUUACUCGGCUAAUCAAGGUUCUGCUGUAACAUUACAUUGAAAUUUCUUUAAAUAUAGCAAGCUAUGCGAGAUAUACGUCAAGGAAAUUCUCACAGCACUUUCGCUUUACGUACUUUGUACAUUUAGGGUGAAAAAAUAAACAACGAUUUACAAAUUA